CACACACCCUCACAAAAAUACUAUAUAUCUAUAGGUAGAGAUAUAUGUAACCCCACAACUAUUUUCUGUCUGACACAUAAAUUGAAUUUCAAGCUAGCUCUCUUCUCUUUGUUAUUUCAUUACAUGCUUGCAGAUUCUUGAUGGAAGAGUUUCCUAAUUAUAAUUAUUCUUGUUUGGAGUUAAGCAUAGCCAUGCCAGGCUUCUCUUCUUCUCCUUCCAUCCCAUCUUCUGUACAUGAUAUAGGGGAAAUUGGUGGUAUUAAAGAACUGGAUAUGAAUCAAGUACCCUCAUCAAGAUUUAUAGAAGAAGAAUCCAUGGAAGAAGAAGAGGAGAGCCCGAACAACACCGGCCCAGGCCCAAGUCCCGGCCCACGAAAGAAACUUCGUCUGACCCAUGAGCAGUCUCGCCUUCUAGAAGAAAGCUUUAGACAAAAUCAAACAUUAAACCCAAAACAAAAGGAGUCUUUGGCCAAGCAAUUGCACCUAAAGCAAAGGCAAGUUGAGGUUUGGUUUCAAAAUCGUAGGGCAAGGAGCAAGCUCAAGCAAACAGAAAUGGAGUGUGAGUACCUGAAAAGGUGGUUCGGGUCGCUGACGGAGCAAAAUCGGAAGCUACAGAAGGAGGUGGAGGAGCUCAGGACCGUCAGAUCCGGCGGCCGGCCCCACGGCCGCCACCCGCCGCCGCCGGCGACGGCAUCCACUCUCACGAUGUGCCCACGAUGCGAGCGCGUGACGACCACUCUCACAGAAAUGGGCCCCGCCGCCGGCGGGGGCACGGCCGCCGGCAGUACGAUGACUUUCCUACAGGCCCGACAUCCUUCCGCGUGUUACAAUUAGUUGUCGGGAGAUUAAUGAUUGUUUAGUGAUUAAAUUAAUGAUCCCGUAAUUAAGUGCUGCUGUUUAUGGGAAAAUAACUGGUGGGUACUUUAUUGUAUGUCGGAGUAAUUAAUUACAUAAUCAUACUCGUUGGGUGUAGUCUCAUUG